AAGAGUUUUGAACAAGUUUGAAAUCCCUUUUGGAAGCAAGUGUUUCAAGUGCAGCAAUGGCAACCGACUUUGGUCGAUUUCAGCAACAAUCGUUGCCGCAGCAGUUCUACUACUACGGCCAGGAGCAGAUUCCGAACGUGAAAAUGGAACACGUUGAAUCCGGAUUCGGAACAGAGGAUUACUACGGAAACUUCCAGUCAACGACGAUCGCCAACCAGCACCAUCACCAUCAGCAAGGAUUGACUCUGACAAGCAUGAUGAUCCCGAGUUACGACGGUCCCGUAAGCUACCCGGAAAGCUGGAUGACUCCUUCCCCGUCCAGCUUUGGCUCCGAAUCUCCAGACUACUACCCAAUCAGCUCACCGGCCUUCAUCGACGUCGAAGAGUGCAAAGAGAACCUGCUGAAGCAAGCCACAAUCGUCAACCAGCAACAACAACCAGCACUUCCGCUGUCCCCACCGGUUUUAACCUCAAACGUCACCGCCAACAACACCUCGGCCAUCCCGAAUCUCCCCGUCAAGAAGCGCCAGUACCGCAAGAACCCCAAAGUCAAACCGGAACCGCUGGAAUCGCCGCCCACUUCAACCCCAGCCUGCCUGCCCAAAACCGGAAGUGAUCCUUCGGCACCAACGCCCGGGGUGAUCUCCAAGCGGAAGCGCAAACCGGUCCCGGUGCAGGUCAAGAAGAAGCGCCGUCUGGCGGCCAACGCCCGCGAACGGAAGCGCAUGCAAAGUUUGAACGAUGCGUUCGACCGCCUCCGCCAGUGGUUGCCCAGCCUGAGCAACGAGCGCCAGCUGUCCAAGCACGAGACGCUCCAGAUGGCGCAGCAGUACAUUACGGCGCUGUGCGACCUGCUGGAGUAGGCGCGAUCUCGGGGCGGAGAAGUCGGAAGACGAGUGAUUCUUAGUCAGCUAAACGGCUCGCCCGGAAGUUCCGGGCGCGCGGAUUUGGUUCUCUUUGGUUAAGUUAUAGGUUAGGUUUUGUACAUGUUUGAGAGACAAAUUAGUGACAAAGUAGAAAGAGGCUUCUUGCUAAAGAUUUUAGUUUUGAGACGUUCGAGGACACAAUCUUCCCAAAACAGUCGCUUCCACGUGCCAGUUACGUUGUGUACUAUAAUUACAGAAUGUUGUAAGUUGAGAUUAUUAGUUUACUCUAAACUUUGUAUUAUAGUUCUAGGAGGUUAAGUUUGCAAAGAGAUGUUUAAGUUAUUAGAGCAAAUA